UACUCAAUUCGAAAAUACGUAGUAGGGUAUCAGUAAAGAUUAUAAAUAAAAGUAAAGAUUCACGUACUACAGUGUUUGUGUGCGUGAAAGUACCCACGAGACAAUUACUCCUUCUUUUUAACAUUUCUUUGAACUUGAAGAUGGUACUUGCGGUUAAGAGUUUCAACUGGUUUUUGUUGUUUGGUUUUACUUUUUGCAGUGCCGUAUAUGUACAAAAGUACGCACCAGAAUAUGACAAACCCACAGAUUACAGCUUCAGCUAUGGCGUAAAAGAUGUCCACUCCGGUGACGUAAAACACCAAUGGGAAAAAAAAGAAGGAGAUACCAUUAAAGGACAAUAUUCCUUGGUAGAACCAGAUGGUUCCAUAAGAACAGUAGAAUACACCGCUGAUGAGAAAAACGGUUUUAAUGCAGUAGUCAAGAAAAGUGGACCACUGCAUCACGUCACUUUAGAAACCAAAGAGGGAACGAGCCAUAGUAACCUACAACUGAAAUCUGUUCAAUCAGUACUUAAAGAGGAAGAACCUAGGAUGACCCAGUAUCAGUUUUCUAAGCAGCAACAUGAAGAUACGGAUAAAGAAAAUUCAGGAUACAUUUACCAAAAGCCAAAUGAAGCAGAAGAGCCUCAAACUCACACCUACAAACAAAGACGACCUACCGUAAGCAUUAACGAGGAGUAUGAAGAGCUAAAGUACGAACCUCCAGUAGAACUUAAUCUCGUACACCACAGAGAUGCAGUGGAGAAAGUAGUGCCUUUGGUAGUGGAACCAGUGAAUCCAAUUGAAGUUACCCUAAAAGAAGGAGAAGUUUAUGAAGAAGACCCUGAACCGGUUCAAAAAACUUCGUCGCAAGACCAAGGGGUGGAACCCAGUCACGAACUAUCACAGGAAGAACUUAACAAGUACCUUGCCGAGUAUUAUGCCAAAAACGAAAUAGCAUCCCAACCGAACCUGGAAACCGGCUUUAAACCGAUCAGACCCAAAACCAAAAACCCCAUUACGCAACCCGUUAUUCCUAACACGUUCAAGUCGAAUAAAAUGCCCCAAACCACUCCCGGAUUAAGACAUUACGCUUCCAAAAAUAACAACAACUAUGGCCACAGAUAUACUAGUGCCAGGAUGCCAAAAACCGGAUACUCCUUUUACCCUUAUCCGUCUUAUGGCGUUAGAAUGUUAAAUAAUCACGUGCAAAAUGCCGAACUGAACCGCCUGUAUCGAAAAACCUCGAACGAUGGGUUCACUAGGUACGCCAGAAGGGUAAGGUACCAUGGCGCUUAAAACGAACGAGACCUAAAGUAAAUGUGCAAUAUUCAGUGCCAAAUAGCAAUAUUUAUUUUAAUUAAUUUAUUUUAGACUAAUUUAAUAAUUCACUUGUAAAUUUAUCGCUGUAGAAAAUAAAAUAUGGUUUGUCAUAGUAA